UCUAUCGAUGACAUUGAUUUGGGAGUUGCAGCGAUGGCUGCGCGUUUUAGUCACGGGGGGGAGUUUUAAAAACCUUCUCAUUGCAAGGUGAAUUAUUCACUAUUGUUCAUUUUCUCUCCGUCAGCAAUGGCUAACAGCACCGACGACAGCGACUACUCUGGUAACGAGAGCUUUACCGUUUCCAUCUUGUGGAAUACAAGUAACGCCACAGACUUCUUUGGUAACGCCACAGACUUCUUUGAUUUCGACUCGGACUAUUGUGAGCCUGGAGAGCAGGGGUUCACUAUCAAAACCUUCCAGACUUGUGUUUUCUGCCUGAUCUUUCUGCUUGGCGUGGUCGGAAACUGCCUCGUGAUCGCCACCUUCGCGCUCUACCGCCGCCUCCGGCUUCGCUCCAUGACCGACGUCUUCCUGCUGCACCUGGCGCUGGCCGACCUCCUCCUGCUCCUCACGCUGCCGCUGCAGGCCAUCGACACCCACCUGGGCUGGGUCUUCUCCGUGUUCCUCUGCAAGGCCACGCGUGCCAGCUACGCCAUCAACACCUACAGCGGGCUCCAACUGUUGGCCUGCAUCAGCGUCGACCGCUACAUGGUGGUGGCGCGCGCCCAGGAGAUGCUCAGGCUGCGCAGUCGGAUACUCACAGGCGGGAAAGUAGCCGCGGUGGGCGUGUGGCUCGUUGCGGUGCUCCUCAGCUUGCCUGAAAUCCUCUACUCCGGGGUGUCCGGGCCCGACGGGGACGCAUACUGCGGCAUGCAAAAGAGCGGAACCGUCAAAAUGGCCACCAAUGGCGCCAUCAUCGCCGUCUUCUGCCUGUCCUUCUUCACCAUGGUUACGUGCUACUCGUCGAUCGCUCGGGUGUUGUGGGAGGGGAACGCACAUCGGCGGGGGAAGCAGUGGCACCGCCAGCGGACCCUGAAGCUGAUGAUGGCUCUGGUGCUGGUUUUCCUGCUGUUCCAGCUGCCGUACACGGUGGUGCUGUCGCGUAAAAUGGCGGGGCCGUUGUGCGCUCUGCUGUUGGAGUACGUCACCUGCACGCUGGCCUACACCCGCUGCUGCCUUAACCCCAUCCUGUAUGCCCUGGUGGGCGUGCGCUUCCGCAACGACGUGCUGCGGCUCAUCCACGAUUCAGGCUGCCAGCGGGGGCUCUGGGCGGUGCCACAGAGUCUCGGAUUCACCUCCGUCUCAGUUUGCUCUCCAGCAUCCCCCGAACCCAGCUACUCCAGCAACGAGACUGCGUUUCAGUUUCCAAGAACCACACAUCAUGAUUCAAGGAGUAGACUAUAAACUUGUUGUGCACUUUGUUUUUAUAGAUAUUCUUUACAAAGAACAAUCAACAUCAAAAACAUCAACAAUUCUCAGGUCACAUUAUAAAGGAGACAAGUAAGAUUCCGCACUCUGCUCUUGCUACAGCAUCAUUUAUUGAAGAUACUAAAAUUUCGGCCUUUUUGGACCUUCGUCAAGAGUAUCUUCGUCCUUUGUAAAUUACUCUCAACAAAGGUCCAGAGAGGGCAACAUGUUAACAUCUUGAAUAAAUUGUGAUGCUGAGCAGGAUCCUCCUUUUUUUAGGCUUAUAUAGAUAUUCCCCAACAGUAUACAAAAUG